UCCUAAGUGUAAAGAAAUAGUUUCGAAGACUGGUCUUGCAUUUGAAAGUGCUAAAUAGUUUAAGAAGGCACUUACUAGGUAUGCAGUUCAAGAACAUGUAGAGUUGGAUAAAUAUGUCAAUGAACCAACUAGGGUGAGGGUAAAGUGUACUGCUGGUUGUCCAUGGUUAUUGUUUGCCAGUUACGAUUCUAGAACAAAUGAUUUUGUUGUGAAGAAUUAUAAUCCUGUUCACAAGUGCAAUGGCACAACAAAGAACAAGUUGGUAAAUUCUUUGUAUAUUUUAGAAAGGUACAAGGAUAGAUUAUUUCUGAACCUGGCAUUAGAAUUUUUUAGCUCCAAAAUUUGGUAAGAAAGGAAUUGAAGGUGUAUAUUGGUAGGACUGUGGCAAGGAAAGCCAGAAGCAUUGUUUUGCAACAAAUCAUGGGUGACAAUGUAGAGGAGUUCAAAAGAAUUUUGGAUUAUAGGGAUGAGCUUUUAAGGACUAAUCCGGGUAGCACACGUGUGGUUAAGUUGAGUGAAGAAACUUUUAAAGGUGGAAUCAAAAUGUUUCAGUCCUUUUAUAUAUGUUUUGAUGCCAUGAAGAAGGCAUUCAAGGCUGGUUGUAGGAGAGCAAUUGGGUUGGAUGGGUGUUUUUUAAAAGGUGUUAGUAAAAGCCAAUUGCUUGUGGCUGUUUGUAAGGAUGGGAACAACCAGAUGCUACCACUGGCUUGGGUAGUGGUUGAAGUUAAGAAUACUUUUACUGGGAGAUGGUUUGUCAACAUUCUAAGGCAUGAUCUUGAGCUUGGAGAUGGGACUGGUUUGACAACUCUUUCAGAUAUGCAAAAGGGUCUGGAUAUAGCCAUUAAGGAUCUGUUGCCAAAUGCAGAAUAAAUAAUGUGUGUAAGACAUGUGCUUGCCAAUUUUUCCAAAAAAUGGAAAGGCAUAGAGAUUAGAAACUGCUUUUGGAGAUGUGCUAAGUCCACAUAUGAGCAGGAGUUGCAAAAAAAUUUGGAUCAUAUGGAGAAGUUAGGUGAUGGAAUAAAUGGAGAUUUGUUGUAUUACAACAUAGAUAGGUGGUCCAAGGUCUACUUUAAAUACCUCAGCUGUUGUGAUAGUGUUGACAACAACAUGACCGAGAGUUUCAAUUUCUGGACUUUGGG